AUGCGCUCUAUCACUCUCAUCGCCGGCCUUGCAGCACUUGCUGUAGCCUCUGCUGCACCCCAAGUCUUUGAUCCCGAACAGCUCGCCGACAUUCCCGCUCCUCCUGUCUCUGAUGUUCCUAUCGGAGCUGGUACCGAGAUCAUCCCUUUGGAUGUGAACGCUGCCGUAGCUAGUGCUGUCGCCGCUAUCAUUGCCGACCCAUCUCCUGACAUCGACGCCAGCAUUCCGGCUGCCAUUACCAAGAGGUCUCCCAGAGGAAAGGCAAGACGUACCACUGGCACCUGUGCAGCUCAGCCUGCGGGCUACGGUCCUCAGGUCUACCCAGACACCGCGGAUGCCUUCCAGAAUUACCCCGACUUCGCAUACGCGGCUAACAACGCCCAACCCCCAUCUGGAUAUGAUGUUCAGUUCACCAACAAAUGGGCUUCAGUCAGCGCUUGCAGCUACCAGGGCUACAAGACCUACAAUACCUACGAUGUCAACCAAGCAGCCGCCGAUUGCAACAACAUUAAAGGUUGCAAAGGAUUCAACAUCUUCUUCGAGCGCGAUCCUACUCAGGCAAGUGUGACGACCUAUCGUACUUCGAAAAAUACUGACAGUGAUAUANNUCAGGACCCUGGUUAUGGCUGUGAUAACCCUGCAAGUACCACAGUGAUCAAGGCUUCUUUCUGGGGCAAUGUGAUUACUUCUGCCUCUGCGACCAACAAGGGACAAUACCGUGACAACUUCCAAGUCGUCAUUUCUGGAUCCAACGCCUACAAUGUCAAGCAAUGCAGAACCGACGUCUAUGGAUGGACUCAGACUCAGCUUGGCGACUGUUCCAUCAACUCGCCCGCUACUCCCUGCGCGCCCGACGGCAAGGACGCCUACCUCACCAUGACGACCUUCAGUGACGGCAAUCUCGACAACAACCGCUGCAAGGCACAAUGCGAUAUCAUCACUGGCCAGAGCCCGGACACACCCUGCAACUUCUUCACCUCUUACAUGUCAGUCAAGGAGGGCAAGUGCGGUGUGCAGGUGUGUGCUUUCUACAAGCGUGCCUUUGACUCGAGCUACUGCACCAACAAGGGCGAUCCGGUCAACAAGAUUACCAACAAGUGGGCUUCAUCUUUCACCAACAAUGCCAACGAUGGCUCAAGCAUUUGUCCCAUGAGCACCACCCACUACUUCCGCCGCUGA